UCCCACCUUGUCCUGGUGAGAAAUUACACUCACUCCAAAACGCCCGUGGCCUGUCCUUUGCUUACUACACCCCACAUGACCUCCUGGUCCCCUUUCUUUUUUCUCUCUCUUAUUGACUUUCUCUCUCUUUUUUCUCCUCCUUAAGUAACCUUCAUUCCCUUCACAAGCCUCUCAUCCCUCAUUCAACAAAAGUAAAAACACUUUUGCUUGGAAAAACUUAAGUAAAGAGGAAGAAAAUGGCUGUUAGAAAAUCUAGCAAGCUAACACAAACAGCAUUGCUGAAACAAAUCCUUAAGAGGUGUUCUAGUCUAGGGAAAAAACAUGGUUACGACGAAGAUGGCCUUCCACUUGACGUUCCAAAAGGCCAUUUUCCUGUCUAUGUAGGAGAGAAUAGGAGUAGGUACAUUGUUCCCAUUUCCUUUUUGUCACAUCCCGAGUUCCAAUGUUUGCUUCAACGAGCAGAAGAGGAGUUUGGAUUUGAUCAUGAUAUGGGACUUACAAUCCCUUGUGAAGAAGUUGUUUUUCGUUCUCUUACUUCCAUGCUUAGGUGAUUUUAUUAAGUUUUCGCCGACGGAAGAAAAAAGGAUGGUGAUUUUAGGGGGGGAGGGGUGUAGUUUUCUUGAAGAAAGAUGAUAGUAAGACGAAGCAGUUCGAUGAGAGCAUAAGCUCUGCAUGAUAUGAUGCUUCUCUUUUUUUUUUUUACAUCUUUUCUUCAUUGUUUGACCUUAAGUAUUUGGUCAGUGAUGGAUCUCUUAAUUCUUUAAACUCGAUUAUCGGGUUUUUGUUGUAAUUUAUAAGCACUGAUCUAACCCAAGACCCAUGAAAUUAUUUUCUGGGUUAGAUUAAUUUGUAAAAAGUUCUAAGCUUUUCCUCACAGAGUUUUAUUCUGCCCUGUGAGAGGAAUGAAACUGUUCGUUCUUGCUUGUUA